UGACCGCCAGCAGCGCGCCGCUCAGCCUGCGGGCGCUUGCUGAGCGCGACGGGGAGCGUUUUUUCCGGUGGCGGUUCUAGCCGCUCAGGCUUUGGAAUCCCAGUAGCCAUGUAUAAAGAGGAAUGAAGAUUGCCACUGUCCACUUAGAUUCACAAGCUGCCCUGAAGUGAUGUUGGCAUCAAAGAAAGGAGUGUUCAGGCACAUUUUUACCUCAUAGGAUGGCAGCUGUUGAUUUGUCCCCUGGAGGUCAUCUUUCUGGGAACCCAGUCUGCCUUCAUGAAGCAAAGACAGAGGCAGGAAGGAUGGUGGCUGACUGCCUGAAAAAUUGUUAUCAGGAUUUGGUGACCUUUGAUGAUGUGGCUGUGGACUUCACCCAGGAGGAGUGGACUUUGCUGGACACAACUCAGAGAAACCUGUAUAGUGAUGUGAUGCUGGAGAACUACAACAACCUGGCCACAGUAGGAUGUCAGCUCAUAAAACCCAGUUUGAUCUCUUGGUUGGAACAAGAAGAGUUGAAGGCAGUUCAGGGAGGAGUUUUCCAAGGAUGGGAAAUGCAAUUUGAAACCAAAUGGUCAGCACUUCAGCAGGACUUUUUGAGGGGUCAGACAUCCAUUGCGAUUCAAACAGAAGGAAGCCACAAUGCAGGGGAAGUCUGUGAUUGCAAGCUACAUGAAGAAGCCUUCAGUGAACACACAUGCCUUAAGACAGACAUGAGAACCCAAAGUACAGGGAACAUGUAUAACUGUAAUCAGUAUGGAAAAGACUUUCUCUUCCUGCACAAGAAAACCUCUGUUGGUGAGAAACUUUCUGAGUUUAAUCAGAGUGGGAAAAUCUUCAGCCUGACACCAAACAUUGUGUACCAUAGAACUAGCACACAAGAGAAAUCCUUUGGAUGCAGUCACUGUGGGAAAUCCUUCAUAAGUCAGUCAUGCCUUCAGGCACAUACGAGAAGUCACAAUGGGGAAAAACUCUAUGAAUGGAAGGAAUAUGGGACAGAUUUUAUUCACUCCACAAGCCUUUCUGUACUAAUAGAAACCCUCAAUGCAAAAAAGCCCUACAAAUGUCAGGAAUGUGGAAAAGGCUAUAGAUAUCCUGCAUACCUCAAUAUUCACAUGCGAACCCAUACUGGAGAGAAACCCUAUGAAUGUAAGGAAUGUGGGAAGGCCUUUAAUUAUUCCAAUUCAUUUCAAAUACAUGGAAGAACUCAUACUGGAGAGAAGCCCUAUGUAUGUAAGGAAUGUGGGAAAGCCUUCACUCAGUACUCGGGCCUUAGUAUACAUAUACGAUCUCACAGUGGAGAUAAACGCUAUGAGUGUAAGGAAUGUGGGAAAUCCUUCCUUACAUCCUCACGCCUUAUUCAACAUAUAAGAACUCACACUGGAGAGAAGCCUUUUGUAUGUGUUGAAUGUGGAAAAGCGUUUGCUAUUUCCUCAAAUCUAAGUGGACAUUUGAGAACUCACACUGAAGAGAAGGCCUGUGAGUGUAAGAUAUGUGGGAAAGUAUUUGGGUAUCCUUCAUGUCUUAAUAAUCACAUGCGAACUCACAGUUCCCAAAAACCAUACACAUGUAAGGAAUGUGGAAAGGCUUUUAACUAUUCCACCCACCUUAAAAUUCACAUGCGGAUCCACACUGGAGAAAAACCCUAUGAGUGUAAACAAUGUGGGAAAGCCUUCAGUCAUUCCAGUUCAUUUCAAAUACAUGAAAGAACUCACACUGGAGAGAAACCCUAUGAAUGUAAGGAGUGUGGUAAAGCCUUCAUAUGUUCCAGUUCCUUUAGAAUUCAUGAAAGAACUCAUGCUGAAGAGAAACCCUAUAAAUGUCAGCAAUGUGAGAGAGCUUACAGUCAUCCCCGUUCACUUCGAAGACAUGAAAGGACUCAUUAGUGAGAAACUGUAUUGUUAUAAGCAAUGUGGGAAAGCUCUCAUUUGUCCUCAUUCAUUGUGAAAAAACUUACACUGGAGUUCUCUGUGAACCCUAUGAAAAUUAUUUAAUAAAAAUGAGUUUGUUAGGGUAGAGCCCCAAUCCAAUAUGCCAGGUGUCCCUAUGAGAAGAGAAAGAUGUGUCAGGGACACACAUGCAGAAGAUCAUGUGAAGCCAUAAGAUGGCCAUGUGCAAGCCAAAGACAGAGGGGGCUGGAAUAGAUCCUUCUAUUAAGGCCUCCACAGGAAACCAACCCUCCUGGCACCUUGAUCUUGGACUUCUAGCCUCCAGAACUGUGAACAAAUAAAUUUCUCUUGUUUGAGGCACCCAGACUGUGGUAUUUUGUUGUGGUAGCUCUAGCAAAUUAGUACAGUAAACAAUCUGUAGAAACAGUUUAGAUUGUCCCAAGGCCUUAAUAUUCAUAAUGUGCAAAGCCACACUGGAGAGAAACCAUAUGAAUGUGAGAAGUGUGGGAAAGCCUUCACUGAGUCUUCAACCCUUUCUAAACAUGCAAGAAAUCAUACAGGAGAGAAGUUCUGUGAAUGUAAGGCAUAUAAAAAAGCCUACAGGUGUUCACCAUAUCUUAAUAUUUACAUCCAAGGCAUCUGAUAAUAGACCAUAUGAAAAUGAGGACGGAAAAAAAGAAAGAAAAGAAAGUGUCUUUUACUAUGAAAGGAAGGAAUAUGACCUUAUUUAUACGCCAUAUGGGAACUUGGAGUGGACCGAAACCCCAUUAGGAUUGUGGAAGAGCUUACAUUAAUAUUUUCUACCUUAUAGAAAGUAUGAGAAGACUGGUGAGAAACCUGCUUGUAAGUCAUCUAGGAAAGCUUUCAUUAAUUCCACAAAAUGCUUUUUACAUGUCUAAAAUUACUGCAGAACUCUAGGAAG